AUGGGUGUACCUAGCCCUUUUGUGUAUUGGGCUCAAACGGAUAAGUUUAUAUCAUUAAAGAUUGAUUUAAAAAACGUUGUCAAUCCAGACGUGAACGUUGUUGAUAAUAGUAUAAAAUUUUCUGCAAAAGGCAUCGGAGCCCAUGGAGAAACACAGUAUGGAUUCAGUUUGGAUUUAUUUUCAUCUCUUAAAUCUGAUAGAGAUCAAGCCACUACAAUACGUAUAUUUGAGAAUCGGGUUGAAUUAGUCCUCCAUAAACAAGAAGCAUCUUGGUGGCCCAGACUUACAGCACAACCACAGAAACCUGCUUGGUUAAAGAUAAAUUUUGAUCUAUGGAAGUCUGAGGAUGGACAGGACAGUGAAGAGGAACCAAGGGACGUAAUGAGAGAUUAUCCAGGAAUGUAUGACAGGCUCCAUCAAGAAGAAAUGGGUUAUAGGAAAGAAGAUUUCAAAAAGGUAUAUUUAAUAAUCUACAAUCUGUUCCAAUUCAUUGGCUUUACAUACGUACUAGCAGUAAUGGGUGUGCGCUAUGCUAAAUUGGAGUAUGAAUCUGUAGCUGAUACUUAUGAGCAUGUUGGUCCAGCCAUGAAGUUCCUUCAGCUGAUGCAGUAUUUGGAAGUCAUGCAUCCAAUGUUUGGUUAUACAAAGGGCGGUGUGUUAGUGCCUUUCCUGCAAGUAAGUGGCCGGGCCUUUGUCCUUUUCGUGAUGAUUGAAGCUGAACCACGGAUGCAGACUAAACCUGUAGUUUUUUACCUAUUUCUCAUAUGGAGUCUUAUUGAAAUUGUCAGGUACCCAUUCUACAUAUCGCAGAUUUACAAGAAAGAGAUCUACAUCCUAACCUGGCUCCGGUACACUAUGUGGAUCCCACUAUACCCACUCGGUAAGGCCAAAUCAACGCCGGAAUAUCCUGUCACCGGCGGUCUUGCCGAACUG